AUGGACGACGGCGGCAAGGAGAGCGGCAGCUCCUCCGAGGCAGAGGGCACUGUCUCUGAGAGACCCUACGAAUGCGUUUGGGAAGACUGCACAAAGUCAUUCUCUCGCCGAUCGGAUCUGGCAAGACACCGCAGAAUUCACACUGGAGAAAGACCCUAUCAAUGCGACUGGGCUGGCUGUGGAAAGCAGUUUAUCCAGCGUUCGGCUUUGACGGUUCAUUACCGCACCCACACUGGAGAAAGACCCCAUGUGUGCGAGUACGAGUCCUGUCAAAAGUCCUUCAGCGAUUCCUCCUCGCUCGCUCGUCAUCGCAGGACGCACACUGGAAAGCGGCCUUAUGUAUGCGAACAUCCAGGCUGUGGCAAGACCUUCACCCGCCGCACAACUCUGACACGUCACCAGAAGGGACACGAGCCAGAUAUCAGGAGCUUUAUCAGGUAA